AUGGGUCAACUCCUUUCCAAAGCUAGAGAACAACUUUACGACUGCAAGGCGGUGGCUCAGAAGCUGAGGGUGAUGCUUCAGUCAGCGGAUGAGCAGGUUAGGGGCCUGAAGAAGCAGAGCGCCUUUUUAAGCCAGUUGGCCGCGAAGACCAUCCCCAACGGCAUCCACUGCUUGUCUCUGCGCCUGACCAUCGACUACCACCGCCUGCCGCCAGAGAAGAGAAAGUUCCCCAGGAGUGAAAACCUGGAAAACCCAAAUCUCUACCACUAUGCUCUCUUCUCCGACAAUGUAUUGGCCACCUCGGUGGUGGUCAACUCGGCUGUUUUAAAUGCCAAGGUGAACGGCGCUGCUCAUCCUCUCUCUCUCUCUCUCUCUCUCUUUAUCUCUAUCUCUCUCUAUCUCUCUCUCUCUCUCUAUCUCUCUCUAACUUUCAUUCUUUUUCUACUUAAAACUGAUGGACUUCAUUCGGUUGGGUGAUGGUGCAGGAGCCGGAGAAGCACGUCUUCCACCUCGUCACUGAUAAACUGAACUUUGGGGCCAUGAAAAUGUGGUUCCUGCAGAACCCACCGGGGAAGGCGACCAUCCACGUGGAAAAUGUGGACGACUUCAAGUGGCUGAACUCGUCCUACUGCCCGGUGCUGCGGCAGCUGGAGUCAGCCGCCAUGAAAGAGUACUACUUCAAGGCCGACCACCCUACCACCAUCUCAGCCGGGGCUUCCAACCUCAAGUACCGUAACCCAAAAUAUUUGUCGAUGCUGAACCAUCUGCGGUUCUAUCUCCCGCAAGUCUACCCGAAGCUGGACAAGAUCCUGUUCCUUGACGACGACAUCGUCGUCCAGAAGGAUCUGACCGGGCUGUGGGCGGUUGACCUCAAGGGCAAGGUCAACGGCGCGGUGGAGACCUGCGGGGAGAGCUUCCAUCGCUUCGACAAGUACCUGAACUUCUCCAACCCUCACAUCGCCCGGAACUUCAAUCCAAACGCUUGCGGCUGGGCCUACGGUAUGAACAUCUUCGAUCUCAAGGAGUGGAAAGAGAAGGACAUCACUGGCAUCUACCACAAAUGGCAAAGCAUGGUGCGUCCUCCCUGCCCCUCCUCCUCCAGAAUUUCAACCUCUGCAUAUUCAUACAAAUGUGUUCAUAUGUGCCCACAUCAUUGAUUUCAUGGCCGUCUGCGCAGAAUGAAGACAGGGUGCUGUGGAAGCUCGGAACAUUGCCGCCGGGCCUGCUGACUUUCUACAAGCUGACGCAUCCGCUGGACAAGUCGUGGCAUGUGCUCGGGCUGGGCUACAACCCCAGCAUCAGCCGCACGGAGAUAGACUCGGCGGCUGUUGUCCACUACAACGGGAACAUGAAGCCGUGGUUGGAGAUCGCCAUUACGAGGUACAGGUCCUACUGGACCAAGUACGUGAAGUAUGACCAUCCCUACUUGAAGAACUGCAACCUGAACUAG